AUGUCGGAGGUGACCGCGUUCUCCACCUAUCAGACCCGCUCAACGCUGCUGGUGGAGAGGGAGAGGGCACUGGACGCACGCCGCGCUGGAGUUUCGGACCUGCGGCAGAUGGUUGCCAUGUUGACGACUGAGAAUCGCGCUCGGGAAGAGCAGCUGGCGGCUGAACGCUCCCGCUUCAGGGACCGCAAGGCAGCACAAGAUGCAAAAGUCUCGACAAAGGAGACUGAGGCUCGCACUCAGCAGAAUCGCAUCAGCGUAUUAGAGGAAGAGGAGCGGCAGCUCAACAAGACCAUCGCAGAGCGCGCGAAGGAGAUUCGCACGGCCACCGCCGAGGUGGAACGACGCCGAGACCUCGAAAGGACUUUGCAUGACGCGAGGGAGGGGCUAAACAAGGCAAAGUUUGCCUUGGAGGAGAACGACGCCAAGGUGAUGCGGCUGGAGACGCGUCUCGCGCGACAGGAACUUAUCACAGAUAAGCGUCAUGCCCAGUUGACGGGACGUGUGCCACAGUACUGGUUUCCGCGGGUGCCGGAGGUUGACAAGUCCGCCUCGCUGGAGGACACGGCUGGGGAGAGUGUGUACCUCGUGGACGAACUCGCGUGA